CACAUGCCGCUCGAGCUCGGCCCUCUGCCAGCAACUUUGACCUCGAUUCAAAGCUUGUGCCGCGAGUAAAAGCACCUGUUCGCUCACGACUCGCCUGUGUAUCUAUAAAUCAUGCUAGACAUGCUUUAGUCUCCUUCCGAUAUACGGCACUGCAGCCAUGUUUAUGCCAGCUUUCCCUCACGAAGGGAGAACGAGAGAGGACGAUGCCUCGAGGCCGCCGCGCAGCCACGAGAGAAAGCUGUCUCGUCUGAUAACGCGCGAUAUUACGAGCGAUAGCGAAGAUGCUACGAUACUCAACUCAGCGGCCCAGGCCUUGUCUGGCGCAUCGAUAGCUCGGCGCCAUGUCGUCUUUGCGGACCUCAUAGCAUUCAGUUACUUGGAGGACGAACCAUACGUUACAGUUAUAGAGCACAGAGGCAUACUCCGAGGCUACGAAUCCUACCUCAUCGAGCAAUGGGCAUGCUCUCGAAAAUCCCCAACACUGGUGGUUGUUACUCAUACCGGAAACGAAAAGCACACGAUAGUGGUCGGCGUAUUGGCGCUACCCACCGACGAGUCCCUCUGGUCUCCGAAAUUGCGCCUAUACUUUCAUGCGACAGAACAAUUCCAUGCCAGGCCCAAAGAGACCGAGCUUGGUGAAUUGAUGGUUACAAACCUGAGCAGUUUCCCAUCCGCUCUAACCGUCAUUGCUUUACCUGAUGGCGAUGUUAGAAAACAUCGACCAUCCUUUUUCCUCAAUGAGGAUUUAAAAAGAUUAGGCUGCUCGGGUCGGUCAGGACUGACGCUUACCGACCCAACUGAAGCCACUCGAGCAAAGUUUUAUCAACUGUACAAGACCUCGGAUAGAAUACCGUUUGCUCAAUCAGUAACGGAGCUUGUCAAACUAUGUCAAGUCGCGCUAUAUAUGUUCGACAAACUUGGGCAAGAAUACAUUGAUGGGCUUCUAUGCGAUGUGACAGAAGCGGCUAUCAAUAGCUGGUGGGCUGAAGUGGGAGCUGAGCAUUACAACUUUGAGCCAUCUGACGGUAUCUUAGGCCCAACUACCGUUGCGGCAUUGCUGGGAAUGUUCAUGGGUGCGCGCAAUCGGCUUAAUUGGCAUGGUGCUCCCGUGUCUAAAGACGUUUUCGACAUUGAAAGUACAAAGCGUGGUAUUUGGUACUUUCAAAAGGCUCAAAAGCUCGAAAAGACCCGCCGCUUGGACCGUCAGACUCUAUUUAGGCUUCAUACUGCUACAGCAAAGGCUGCAGCCGGCGAAGGUUGGGGAGUACAAAAAGCAGUCAAGUCCACAGUUACUGAAAUUGGCGGUAAACGAGGAGAAAUUGUCCUAGACAUGGUCUCUGGCAAGGAUAAAGCCGGCUUAGCGGAUAUUGAAACGUUGGAUAUAGACCAGUUUGCUGGCCUUGCCUACGGUGACAUCCCACGAUGGCUAUGGCAAGGUAAACCUCGGCGUACACCCUUUGACUACCUAGACUUGGACCAUGAAGAGACCCCGGUGUCGGCAAAACCAGUGGAAACUACGGCCCAGUCUAGAAGACGGACAAUAUCGCAAUCAGGGGACGAGCAUCCGGAGCACGGGACCUACCAGCCAAGCACUACAUACUAUAUCGACAAGGACGGGACCCGACGGGCCGUGUUCAGAAGCGUAGCCGGAAGGAUGAGCGACGCAAAGUCUGGUCUGGGUAGGAUUAAAGACACAAUAGGAGGAUCUCGUAGGCAUUAUAGGGGUCCAUCAUGGUCUGCCCGAGAAGGAUUAGGAGACUCUGGGGGACAGCUGACAGAAUCUCCUCAGAUUCAAUCUGUCAAUACCGGCCCUGCGGCUAUUGGGCGAACGUUUACGUGGAAGAAUAAGCCUGAAGAGUAUCUCGAGGCCAUAAAUCGGAGUCAACCCGACCAGCCCGCUCACAUGGGUGAAAUCGCUGAGGGGCAUGCAACAAAGACCUUCCCGCAAUACGAAUUCAGAGGCGAUGCUGUCCUUGGAAAGCCAUUCCAGUCUCGGGACGCUGAUGACUAUAAACAUGCAACACAUGAUAUAGAUCCCUAUUCGAGGACUCCUUCUGUUAGUCGAUCAGAAGCAGAUACUGACCCAGGAAAGUUGACCUGGUCUGCUCCACGACGCGAAGUGCCCCAGUCUUCCUCAAAGCUUCUCUUCUCUAGGAGACGCAGCUGUGAUCUGACCGAGCUCUAUGAAACCCAGUCUGUCAACGAAACUCGAUGGGCGCGAAGAAUGUCGUUUAGCGACGCAGAGGAGGCAAUCCUUGAUUGGACCGAAAUCGCAGACAUUGACGAUCACGAUCCAGAAAAUGCCGCUGCACGAAUUGCCAUGUACGCUCGCCUCACUGGAAAGAUAGAAAACAUCAUCUACGCUGUAGAGCCAUGGGUCGAGAAGAAGAUUAAGCAAGUCGUGCGGCUGGAUCAGGUGUACUCUGGCGAAGCCAACGAGCUGCAAACCCUAGCCCAACAGCUUCGUGAUGCCUGCGAGCAGGUGCGUGCCAGCUCCGACGACAUGCUUGAAGACGAGAGAAUGGGUAUAACAGAGAGCAUCAAGGGCAUCGAGCUUUUGAUAGCACGAUUGGACUACGAAAUGAAUGCACUGGUUGCCAAAGUGAACGACGUCGAGGAUGGCAUUCGCAACUUUGAGCUGCAAGUCGAGGACGUCGAGAAGCGAGCCGAGGAGUUGAAACUGCAGCUUGAGACAGAAAGCUGGCUGCACUGGAUGGUAAGGACACUGACUGGCAUAGGCACCGGGCCUAAUAUCACUAGAUCUGGGUAGAUACAUAACAACGCACAUAGCCUUCCUUCUUAGCAUACUUGGAGUCUGGGCGCCAGCCAUUGAGCGGCAUAUACUUGGUAUUUACUUUGUAAUUCUACGUCAUUUUCACAAUAAGCACAUUUGUAGUACAGCUUAGAGGCGUAGUUGAGAUGUAUUAUACUAGCUGGCGAUGCAUCCAACAUUGCUUUGACCAGUUCCAUCAUUUUCGUGUAGUCUUUCUUUCUCCUAUUGCCAUUCAACCAACAGGUUCUCGUCAUAUAAUAUCUCCCAUCCAAAAAUUCUAUGUUUUUACAGAGUCCAAAAUGCAUGCUUUCUGCUAUCGUACACGUCGACAAAAGGGCGGAGACUGAUUGCCCCCUUUUCUUUUACAUCGCUCGAGGUUUAUGUCGGGCCGCAUUGCGGGCUAUACCGACCAUCGUUUUGUGAUUCGUUUAGAAAAGACCGCCGCCGGAGCCGCCGGAGCCCAUGGCCUGGCCCUGCUGCUGCAUGAUCUCGCUGACUUUCAUGGAUGUGUCGAGGAACUUGGCGGUGCAGCGGUCGAUGCAGACGGAUUCGCCCUUGUUCAGCUCACCCUCACGGUAGUCAGUGGGGAUGCACUUCUUCUGGCAGGUCUUCUGGAGGCUGUUGCGAUUGCAUGUUAGCUUAUGGUAUCUAUAAAGGGGGAGGAAAUCAACCGUUUCGGUAGCGACAUACCGGUUGUAGGUGUCGGCCAUCAUGCGCAUCUCGCCUUCGACAGCAGCAAUCUUCUGCUCUGAGGUAGGCUGAGCGCGACCCAUUCCGAGGAAAGACAUGUUUGCGGUUGUGUUUGUUGGUAAUUGGAGAUGGAAAUUGAAAGGGAUGCGAUUUGCGACGGUGGUGAGUCUGUGUCGUGUGAUGAUGUGUUGGCAAUAGGGAGCUGCU